ACUCAUCAAAUUACAAUAAUGUUGACCUGUGUUUCGACGAAAAGACUUUUAAUUUACUUUAUGACUUAACCAAACAGACACCAAAUGAAUACAAACAAAUAGAAGCGAGUGUGGAUUGGUUGGCGUCUGACAUCGAUCAGUCAGAAGUGGAAUCUGUAUGGACAAUACCAACUGACGAAGCUGAAGAUAUUGAUUAUUACGAUGAUAUUUCUACUUUAAAAGUCGAAGAACCUGAUCAUCAAUGUGUAAUUAUCGAUACGAUUAAUGAUAAAGUUCAAAAGUUUCCAAUCCUGUAUUUCCGAUCAAACAACUACAAGGAACGUGGAAUUGGAUUUUGCAUCUGUAGAUGA